AUGACGACGGAAGACGUUGUUAUGGAGGACGUUUCCGUCGAGCAGGCUCCAUUUCAAACAGUACACAUUCUUCAAAUGGUGAAAGACGCCCAACAGCAACACGGCUUGAGGCAUGCUGACUAUCACAGAUAUAGGUCAUACUGUAGCUCAAAACUGGAUCGUGUUCGUCAUGCCUUGAAAUUCAUCAACACUCAUAAAUGUGUACGACGACAUAGGGCGAAAUUCGUGAAAAGGUCUCUGACUGAGGCAGAUUUUUUGGGAGUAUUUGAAGCUGAGCGUCGUUGGGCAUCAGCAAUGUCGGACAAAAUGGAGAUGGAAGACAAUCCUGAUAAAAUUCGCAAGCGGCAGUCAAUGCGUAUGCAUUUGAAGCGUGCAGUCUACCACGCAACAGCUCUUGAAAUGCUAGUCAGAAAUAACAGCAGGUGCGAUGCGCCGACAAAGCUGGAAGCACAGGCCUAUGCGGCCUGGCUUGCCGGUGUUUGCGCUUUCGAACUGCGUAACUGGCCCGAAGCGUUUGAAUUGCUGAAGACGGCUCGAACGGUCUAUGAACGUUUAGCGGAAGCCACACACAAUACGACGUUGGCGAACUUAUGUCGUGAAAUCCAACCCCAGAUUCGGCUGUGUGAGUUCAGCUGCGCUGAUGCCAAUGCUAAACCCGUUGAUGGAAUGAUGAAUGAACUUAUGGAAAUCCGCGCACAGGGUACAGAUAGUGAAGCAGUCGAUGUCAGUCUUCGCCUAAUUGCUGAAAUGCGCUCGAAAGCUUCAUGUGACGACGUGGUUGUUGUAGAAUGGGGUGGAUUCAAGUCUACUGUUGAAGAUGAUAAGGCUCGACAAGUGGUACAAGGUUGGCGCCAGGUUCACAAUGAACUGGCACAAUGCGAAACUCCAAAGGAAAGGAUGACGCUGUACGAAAAACAGCUCUCAGAUACGCGUGAUGCUCUGGAGCGGAUAUCAGAUUUGAUUCGUAGGAAAGCUUCCGAUAAUGCCGACUCAUCGGCACUGCAAACAAUCAAGUCGUAUCUGGAGUCGCUCAAAAUGCUUGGAACGGCUUCACGCUAUCUAGCACUGAUCGAGAAUACAAAAACUGAGAAGAAAUCCAAACCUCAAGAUUUGUUGCGUUUAUACGAUUCUGUUAUCGAGGUUUACAAAGAGCUUCUCCAAUUGCCUGGGAUAGAAUACAACAAAGAUCUCACCCAAGCAAUCCCUGCAAAGAUCGAGUACUACAGAGCGUUCAGGUGUCAUUACAUGGCUGCUGCUUAUGCAGCCUUGUCCCGAUUUAGCGAGGCCGCAGCACUGUUCGAAAGAGCUCUUCAACGUGUCAAGGAAGCCAGCAAAUUCGUGUCUCAACUCAAACGGAAUUCAUAUAUGGUAGAGGAAACUGAAGAUUCCCUUCGUGAGCUCGGUCGUGAUAUUGACCAAGCACGCAUUGCGGCGAGAGCUAAACGUUUAGCGGCGGCAGCAGGUAUUACUGAUGAGGCUGAUGAACAAACUGCACAAGAUAUCGAUGAUAGGCCUCUCAUGGACACUUUAUCGGAAUGGCGGCAGUGGGAUGUUGCUGGUGCGCUGCGCGACAAACGCACGAUACCGGUGGCAGAGAUGCCUCCGCCAUUUAUUCUGAUGCCAAACAAGCCUAUCUUCUUUGAUUUGGCAUUGAAUCACGUUAAGGUACGUUCAUUUGCGUGA